AUGACUGCGCUCGUCGCACGCCAACCACUGCACCCUCUACCAAUGUCAUCUGCUCAAAGACCAGCUCGAAGAUUAAGUGCGCGACAUCAAGAGAAGGAUGACGCGCCUGGCUACUCAGCUGGCGCGCAUGUUAGCCGCGGCUCCAGGACAGUGGCAAGCACAACCGAUACAAUUCGGGUACCAACAAAGAAGGAAAGCAAUGGACCAAAAAGAAAAAUGGUAUAUGACGAGGAGGACGAUGGCUUCUUGUUCAAACGCGUCAAAACGAGUAAAGAAGAAGUAAGGACGUCUGUGGCAGAGGAGAGCUCGGGGCAAAGGCCAAACCAGAAGCAACAGCCAGCCCAGCCGAUUGAACAGAAGACCCAACCAACACAAGUUCAGAAUAUCCCAGAUGGUGAAGACGAACUCGAGUCGCAACCCAGGAAAAGCAGGAAAAGACUUUCAUUCUCUACACCAAACCCGAAAGAAGCUGGACCGGUGCGCCGUUCAAAACGUCUCUCAAAGGACAAUCAACAGCAAGAUGGUACGCCCACGACCACGCGGGUCACCGACCCUGAAAGGCGCACAUUUCAGAAAAAGCAGACGAAAGAGCGGUUCAAAGAACAGCCUAAAGAGCAGACUAAAGACCAGGCCAACGAGGAACUUGAAGAGCAACUCAAAGAGCCAGUCCGAAAGCCUGGAAUACAUCAGCAACCCAUACAGGAGCCUUCAGCUGGAGAGCCUCUAAAGGCUUCGCCUAGAAAACCGGCCAGGGUAUCACCCAGCAGGAGCCCAAAAGAACAUCUGAAAGAGACGAUACCUACCCAACACGAGGACCAUUCAGCAACAAAGAUUGCGCUCCCAUUUGCCGAUACACCAGUGAUCAAGCGCAAUAAAGCCAUGCGGGAAGGCAAGAGUGGAAAAGGCGAGAGAAGGAGUAGCUUGGGGACGCGAGGGCGACGAGCCAGCUCUUUGAUUGAGUCGGGGAGCUCUAAUGCUCUUCCACAUACAGAAGUGAAUAUCCCGGACUUCUACAAGCACAUCGAAAGCGAAGGGCUUCCCGAGCCACGACGAAUGAAGCAGCUCUUGACGUGGUGCGCAACGAGGGCUCUCGAUGAGAAGCCGGUAGGGACGGACUUUGAAGAUGCCAGUGCCAGAUCAGCUGCUCGAGUAAUUCAAGAAGAACUGCUGAAAGAUCUGGCGAACAAGUCGGAGCUAUCGGACUGGUUCAACCGAGAGGAUCUACCUGUGCAGAGAAAGCCGUUACCUGAGCGUCCGAAUCCGAAAAACGUCCAGAACACAGAGAAGAUUGCCGAACUGGAAGAACAAAUCAAGCGACUUCGAGCAGAAAAGGAGGCAUUAGAAGGCCUGCUUCGACCGCCUUCAGUGGUCAAGUCGGAGCAGUUGAAAAUAACAGUUCCAUAUCAAGGCAAUUUGCCGUUACUCGACGGCUCACUAUUGUCCGAGGCGGAUGUCGCAGCCCUGGAGAACGUCCAGAAGAACUCGACGUCUACAGAUGCGAUAUCACACAGGCUGAAUGCACUGUACGAUUCGCUAGGGCCUACGAUAGACAAGUUCGCAGACGGAGUACACACGAUAGGCCAGUUCCGCACGGUUGCAGAUGACGUGGCGAGCACAGCGUUGGCUAUUUGCGCCGCGAAGCUCGCACAGCGAGAGAAAGAAGGCAGGAGAAGGGCGCUGUCGGAGGUACAAGGCUCGCCGCCCAAGGAUCUGGGCAGUGUGUUACGAGGCUUAAGUAGGGCGGACAGAUGA